AUGUCGCAGCGUGCCACUACGUCUUACGAAAGCCCCCAGGCGGACGCAAGCGGAAGUGUCCUAGAGAUGCGCAAGCAAGCAGCGGACAACGCUGAGUUCCUCCGUGAUUGUCUUGCAGAGCAAAAACGUACAGUUACAAAGCUUCCAUCCAUCCAAGAACAUGCAGAACCUCAUCCAGCUGCACCUGGCGGGCCAGCAAAUCCGAUGGACCGCCCGAAGCAUAGUGUAUGGCGUCAAAUCCUUCGCCUUGAUGAACUUAUCACCUGGUUCAACUUGUGCUGUGCAUUCAUCCAUACGCUUCAAUGGCUCGUUGUGCCUCUUUACUUCAUCAACAAGAAGUGGUUCUAUCGCGGUAUGGAUUACACAAGACAGCAAUUUGGCAUUCUGAUCAUCACGGUCACUCAGUGGUUCAGUCCUACAGUAGUUCGCGUAAGCGGAGACUCUUCGGUACAACAUCAGAUAAUUCGGACAUCCGAUGGUCGCCUCGAGACUCGCUUUCCAGAACGCAUGAUCUUCCUAGCAAAUCACCAGAUCUACACUGAAUGGCUAUAUCUCUGGUGGAUCGCAUACACAAGCAACAUGCACGGCGCAAUCUACAUCAUCUUGAAAGACGUGCUUCAAUGGAUCCCCGCUCUUGGCCCCGGAAUGAAAUUCUUCGGCUUCAUCUUCCUAGCACGCAACUGGACUAAGGAUAAAGCGCGGCUUCUCUAUCGUCUACAGAAACUCAAACAGCCUCAACGCUACCCUGGACAGAAGCCUCCUAAGCUUGACCCGAUGUGGCUCCUGAUCUUCCCUGAAGGUACUAAUCUCUCCGCAAAUACUCGCAAACGUAGUGCUGCCUACGCUGCAAAAGAGAACAUACAAGAUCUCGAACAUCUCCUUCUUCCCCGCAGUACUGGGCUUUUAUAUUGUCUUCGCGAACUCAAAGGAACAAUUGACUGGGUUUAUGAUUGCACAAUGGCCUACGAAGGUGUUCCCCGUGGCGGAUACGCGCAGGAUCUCUUUACAUUACGCUCGGUCUUCCUCCAAGGGCGCCCGCCGAAGUCCGUCAAUAUGUAUUGGAGGCGUAUCAAUGUCAGAGAUAUUCCGAUCGAGGAUGAUGUCGCCUUUGGCCAAUGGCUCAUGUAUCAAUGGCUAAAGAAGGAAUCUCUAAUCGAGCACUAUGUCCAGCAUGGCCGCUUUCCCGCCAUGCCACGCGGGAAGGGCCAUAUUGAGACAGAGGUAAAGCUUGCUUCAGCCCUUGAGAUCAGUCAGAUCUUUGUUGCUUCGGUCGUUGCGAUGUUGCUCGGCCUGUUCGUCGUCAUCUCUAAGACCUAG